AUGAUGAGUUCAUCUCAGAAACUGCCUCCUGGGCCAUGGAAGCUACCUCUUAUAGGGAAUAUUCACCAAUUUGUUGGAUCUCUACCCCAUCACCGCCUAAGAGAUUUAGCCAUGAAACAUGGACCUCUGAUGCAACUGCAACUCGGACAACUUUCUAUUAUUGUCAUUUCUUCAGCAGAAUAUGCCAAAGAGGUCAUGAAAACACAUGACAUCGUCUUUGCUAGUAGGCCUUUUAUUCUUGCUCCAAAUAUCAUAUUUGGGAAUGACAUUGCCUUCUCACCUUAUGGGGAUCACUGGAGACAACUUCGAAAGCUUUGA